AUGACAAAUCGAGGAGCGGAAACCGUGAUUGUACAAAAAGAUGACGGCACUACUGAGACGCAGUUGAUGCUGCGCUCAGAAGACGACGCCACGCAUACGACAGUGGACCUAGGGCCUGCAAAGGAAAUCCAGCACUCUGACGACUUCCCGAAACCAGCACAAGCCAGCCCAGUACAAAAAGAGAAGAAAAAGCUUCAAUUCCAUAUGGCAAGCAAGAUCCAAAUCAUUCCUGACAAUCGACAAGGCCAGCUGAACACCGGUUUUUUGGCUACAAUUCCUGGUGUCCUCAAAAUCGCCGAAAUAAUUCUUGCCUUCGUCGCCUUCGUACUGGCUAUAUGUGCCGACAGAAGGUCUACCACUGCUGCAUGGACAGAACAUAUCACCUUCGAAACGAUGAUCGUCGUCGCUGCUUUACUAGCCGGUUACGUCUGCUUCCCACACCUUAGCAUCCGUGAGGAGCCAACACGAGAAGGGCUGAUUGUCUUGGAGCUGAUUUUCUACGGCAUCAACACGCUCUUCUAUUUCAUCUCUAUUUGGCUGAUGGUCCACUUGUCGGCGAGCUGGGGCACCGACGGAAGAGGAGCAGCUAUCAUGACUGCGAUCAUCUGCGUAGCGCUGACAAUCAUUUUUGCCAUUGAGACUUUCCUGAAGUUGAAAGCGUGGCGAGGAGAGAAUGAACCGAGCAGCAAAGUGAUAACCACCGGACCGCAACCCGCUCAAGGCUGA